GCCCGGCCUUAAAGGGGCCGCAGCCCUUUCCGCUCUCGGCCCGGCUCCCUCGCUGCCCCGUCAUGGCCUAUCAGGGCUUCGUGGCGGAGUACCUGGGCAUCCCCGCCGUGACGCGCGCCUACACCACCGCCUGCGUCAUCACCACUGCUGCCGUGCAAUUAGAAUUCAUCACCCCUUUCCAGUUGUAUUUCAACCCAGAUCUCAUUUUCAGAAAGUUCCAGAUCUGGAGGCUCAUCACCAACUUCCUCUUUUUCGGGCCCCUGGGAUUCAGCUUCUUCUUCAAUAUGAUAUUUCUGUACCGAUACUGCCGCAUGCUGGAGGAAGGCUCUUUCCGCGGAAGGACUGCAGACUUCAUCUUCAUGUUCCUCUUUGGAGGGUUUCUCAUGACACUCUUUGGACUCUUUGCCAGCCUCUUCUUCCUGGGCCAGGCAUUCACCAUCAUGCUGGUUUAUGUGUGGAGCCGGAGGAAUCCCUACAUCCGCAUGAACUUCUUUGGGCUGCUGAACUUCCAGGCACCUUUCCUGCCCUGGGUCCUGAUGGGCUUCUCGUUGCUACUGGGGAACUCCAUCAUCAUUGACCUCUUAGGAAUUGCUGUGGGGCAUGUCUAUUACUUCCUUGAGGAUGUCUUCCCCAACCAGCCUGGAGGGAAAAAAUUGCUGCUAACACCAGGAUUCCUAAAGCUUGUAUUUGACCCUCCUGAGGAUGACCCCAACUACAAUCCACUCCCGGAGGACCAUCCAGCACCUGCUCCAGGCCAAAACCAGCCCCAGGAGCCCCAAUAGUGAUGGCCCAGCAUCUCCCCUUGCCCACUAGACUACUACUAUGCUACUGUACUUGGACAGACGUAUGGAUUGCCCUCUCAGCAGCAGAACUCCCCCCCCCGCAUUGAGAGCUGUAUUCUGCUGCCACUCCAGCUGUCUUUUGCUGCUGUCCUCCAGCGGAGUUGAAGGGAGGGGGAAGUCUUAUGCUGGAUGCUGUCAAGGACUAGAAGACGCAUCUCUGCAAGCCCUGCCCAGAAGAACAGGACUUUGCAGACCCUGAGCAUGCUGAGCCUUGCCCUCUUCAACUUCCAUGUUAAUCCAAAACAAAAAAAUCUUUCAAUGCCAGCCUGUUUGGGGCUGAGAAAAUACACUGUCAACAGAAGUGCCCUCCUCUCUGUCAUCCCUGCCUUACUGCACCAACUCUGGAUCUAGCCCGCAAUUGGGGAUACUUUGUUUUUGAGGCCUCAGCUGCCCAAGGUUAGUGUAGGCAGUGCUCAUUCCACGUGUGGGUCACAUACUUCCCUGAUUACCUCCUGCAGUAUUCCUUCACCUACUCCAGGGAUUGCCAAUUUAUUUCAAGCUCGGUAAAAAAAAAAAAAAAUGGUGAUGCAUGGCUUGCUGUCCCUCAAGGUAGCAUCUCUGGACCUCAGUGAGAAGUUUCCCUGAUUUUAGAGCUCUGGUAAUAAAUGGCGCCGGAGGGCUUUACAAACAAUGGGUGGGGGGCAGAUUUCAGUGAGGUCUGCAUCCACAGGUCACUUUGUCUCUUGUGCAACAUGUCUGUUACUCUGUGCACCCUGGCCCAUGAUGUUAUUUUCUAGUAGCAGUUAGAAAGCACUGGGAGUGGAUACUUUAUACAAUUUAGUUUUCUCUAACAGCCCCUGGAGUCUUACCCUCUAGCUCUGAAAGGUGGUAGGAGAAAACAAGUCCCAGCCCUUCCCACUGUGCAACUCAAGCUUUGGGAGCACACUGAGUAAGGCAGGUGCAAAAGAGGCUCUUGGAGGAGAUGAGUUGCCAGCAGGUAUCCUGUGCCCGGAACCAGCCCUGCCUCCACCAACUCCAGCAUGACUACACCCCUCUCAAACUUAACUGGAAUGAUGGGGAAGAGAGGUAUCCUCCAUGAUGCUCCUCCAGACGGGCUGCAUCCUCCUACUUGGUGGGUGCUGGAAAAGGAACAGCCUUCUUGUCACUUAGGGCUUUCCCAGCUAGCUUCAAAACAAUUGGGGGAACCCAAGAUGUAGAUGCUCCCCAAGAAGCCAUUUUGAGCACACAGUGAAAAGGAGGCUCAGGCUGGCCUCAUCCUGUGGCAGACCAGUGUUGGCCCAAAGCCAUGGGCCAACAAUGGGCUACUUCAGAAGCAGCUUCAGGGAAUGGGUUACUGGGUGUGUGAUGAUAGCCUUGAUGACUCAUGCAUGUCAGGAUUUUUUUUGUUCUGGAAAGGGAUAAGGGGUUCAUUUGGUACCUGCUUUCUAGGAAGCGGGAAGAGCUUCAUAAUUUCUCAGUUGUGUAAUUUAUCACAUGUCUACAGAACUGUUUUUUGUAAAGGCAGAGCACAAACAUCUGUGCCUUCAAACAUUACAAAAAGAAGCCACUAGCAGGACUUUUUGGUGUGAAACAAAUGACCCUUACCACUGAAUUUCCAACCAUUAAAUUCAGGCAUAUUA